AUGUUUGUUCGAAAGAAAACAUACCAUAAACUAAAGCGUAAUUGUCAAAAAAAUAGUGAGAUUUUUCAAACUGAAAUAAAUAAUCUUCGAAAGGAAAUUGAAAAUUCUCAAAAGCAAAUAAUACAUCUGCAUGAGAAUCUGCAUAAGAAUUUUCAAACAGGAAUAAAAUUAAAUAGCAACCUUGCUGAUGCAAUAGAAGAACUGGUUACUAUCAAGUCAAAAGACCUUAGUAAUUUAGAAACAAAAUUGGUCGCAAUCAAGAUGAAUCAAGGUAAUGUUGAUCAUGGAAAUAUAGAAAUAAUUGAAGAUUCAAAUCAUAACGAGUAG